GCCGUUUUCGACGCGACUCAAAGCUAACUGAACAUGAUACAAAAAAAGUAAAAAUCCUUUCUUGAAAUGAAUACCAGUUCUUCGGAAGGAUCAUCACGAGGUGUCGGUCGAAAGAAACGCAAGAAGAAAAGAGGAUCCAGUAUGAAUCGUGUACAUCCUGAAGGGUCAAGUGGAGAGGUCAGCCAACAGAAUGGUUACGUAGAUGAACCAGAGAUGGCCAAGGGAAGAGAAAUGUCAAACAACAACAAUGGCCAGCAAGAUAGAAAAUUGACAAUUGACAAUGCUGCUGAUGCUUUCAACGUCAUGUCCAACGUCAAGAAAGGGGCGGAGCGGUUUAAAGGACUAAGUUGCAGAAGGAGACAAAUGGGAGAAAAUGCAAACAAAACUAGUCCGAAGCCACAUGAUCACAGUACAGAUGCGGGAUAUUCUCGUAAAGGCAUGGGGAUUGAUGACAGCAUAAUGCCGCAGCCCUUACAGCGCAAUCGCUUCAACGAGGCUUUGAUCUCGUACUUUGCGAGGAUGGCUCGCUCGGACAUUGAUGAGGAAGUUAUCGACCUGGAGUUUGUGCAGCAAAUGUUGGACAGUGGCGCUGAUAUUACCUGUACAGAUAAACAUGGACAGACUGUGCUUCAUGAGGCUGUAAGAGCUUGGGAGAUCGAUGUUGCAUUGUUUCUCCUCGCAAGGGGCGCCAAGGUUAACCAGAAAGAUCGCUUUGGACGAACCCCUCUCCAUGUAGCCGCAGCAGUCAACUACCCUGAAAUGGUCAUGAUGCUGCUAGACAAUGACUAUGAAAACGCUGACAUAGAAGUUUUAACUGAUGGAGAGCUUCAAACACCAUUGCAUUUUGCUGCUCGAAACGAUGCCAACAUGGCUCUAAAAACCUUACUGAAGCAAGGAGCCAAUCUACAUGCAAGAGACUAUAAAGGAAGAACACCUCUUCAAGUUGCCGCUGAGUUGGAUCGAAGUGAGACAGCGAGGCAGCUUCUUGAGCUAGGGUCGGACGCAUCAGACACGGAUAAAACUGGGCAGACGUCAUUGGUGUUACUCAUCAGCAAGAUGCCUGCUGUUGCAAAAGAAGGAUUAGACCAGUUUCAUCGAUGUGACCGAGCUAAUCGAAAGCAGUACUAUGACCACCAUUAUGUGGAACCAAUUGGCCCUGACGACCCUAAGCCAAAAGCAAGAUCUGCUAUUCAGGUCAUAGUUCAAUACAACCAGUUAGAGCUGAUUACACAUCCGGUCAUCAAAAGACUCUUGCAUGUCAAAUGGGUCAAGUUCGGUCGACGUGGCGCAUGCAUUCAAGCCCUGAUUAACUUCGUCUUCAUUUUACUGUGGACUGUAGUAGCAGUUACGCUGCGUGAGGAUAAAUUAGAAAGAUACAACCUGCCUGCUGAUACAUGGAGAAUUGUCAUCUGGAUUUUGAGUUUGCUGAUCACUGUGUACAUGAUCAUUCUAGAACUGCAAGAAUUCUUCACAUCCAAAAAGAAAUUUCAGAGAUGGAAACAGUGGAGGGAAGGUGAAAUAGAGAAAGAUCUUGAGUUUUGUCAUCCGCAGUGGCCUCAGGAGAAAAACUUCCUCCUUCAAGAGAUAGAAGAAAUUAAUAACCAAAGCCCGGCCUACUUCAGUGAAUUCUGGAACUACUUUGAUUGGAUCGUAUACUGUGUACUUCUCAUCUUUAAUGGCAUGUUUAUCGCGAGCCAGUUUAUCCCAGAUGGAAUCUCUCAUGAUAGGCUGGUCGGCUUCGCUCGUCGUUUCAUGGCCAUUUCAAUCAUCUUGAUCUGGUUACGCUUCAUGAAAACUGCCAGGGCUUUCAAAUCAAUCGGACCGUUUAUUGUGAUGUUGGGACACAUCUUGGGAGAUGUCUUCAAGUUUGGUUUUCUCUACUUGGAAUUCUACAUUCCAUAUGCGUGUGCAUUUUGGAUGAUCUUUGGAAACAAUGAAGGGAUCCCAUCGAUGCAAACCGUUGACAGCUUAUUGUUCUCUCUCUUCAGGAUCACGCUGGUUGAUGAGUAUGAUUAUGAGGGAAUGCAUGGCUACGAUACUGUCAUGGCUUACAUACUUGUCAGUACAUUCCUCUUUCUAUCAGCUUUACUGUGCAUCAAUCUCCUAAUUGCGUUGCUAUCGGACACGUUCCAAAGAGUUUAUGACAACGCCAACUCCAACGCUGCAAUGCAACAGGCCUCUAUCAUCCUAGGAAUAGAAGAGGGCCUCAGCAAAAAGCAACUGCGUAAAUUCCGUCGCCACAUCCAUGAAAAGGCUGGUCCCGAAGUCCUCUACUAUGAUGAUGACCAGACAGUGGAAGGGGAAUCAGACUUGAAGAAAGUUACAUUCCAAAUUAAGGACGAACUGGAUGACAUGAAAGAACACCUCUUCAACCAUUUAAAUAUUGGAGGACUCCGCAAAAAUAAUGGGGAUUCCCUGGAUGAAAUCGCUGAGCAUCUCCACGAUAACCAGAGUCAUCUUCAAGAUUCCGAGGCAGUGAAUGUCAGGUCCUUACAGGAGGAGCUGACAAGGUUAGGAGAGAGGCAGCAGAGGUCAAAUCGUAAUGUUCAGAAGCAGCUGAAGACAAUGAACGAAAUCUUGCAAGCUCUAUUGAUUGCGCAAUCAUCAUCACGAGGAGCCCCUGGGCCCAUCAACCCAGGAGGAGUAACCCCAAGACCUCCCAUCUACAUCACCCAGCCCAGCUUACCCACCGGUAGACUCGGAGGCGGGGACUUGGACGAGGAUGAGUAUGAGUUAUCAAGAAUGCCAAGAUAUGUGGGGAGACAUCGUCCUGUUCUGAGUCCAUUAAUGCAAGGAUCAAGGAGUAGGUCUCAAAGCUUAGUGGAUAACAGUCUUGCCACACAGAGAACGUUUCUGGAGUCCGAUGCCCCUCAACCUCUCACACAAGUUGAUAACUCCGCAAUGGAAGCAGUCAAUAAGGAAAGACUAAAAGUUUUCCGCGAGGAGAGAAAGAAGAAACUCAAGCAGCGGAAACAGCAAGAGGACUACCUGCAACAGCAACAGGCAGAGGUCAUGAUCCCAAUGUCAGAGGUCAAAGAAGGUCAAGACAAUCAUGAAGUUAAAGCGCCAAGUGAACUGAGUCGCCAGAUGACUAGAGAAGAAGACGAGUUGUCGGACUUGGUCAAGUUUAGGACCAUUGAUAAGGACAUUGAGAAGCAAGAGAUGUCAGAUGACAAUGACACCAAAGCUUAGCCCAAGAUUAAUCCUAAAAAUAUCUCAGAUUCUGAGGGGAAAGAAAACCACUGUGACAUUGAUCACCCUAAGCCAUAACAAAAGUUUCUGGAUAUUUCAGAACCGUACCAAGCCUUAUUGACUAAGUAACCUUAAAAGACUUUUACUCUACACCAUGCAUACAUGGAUGCAUUAAAUCAAGUUUUCCUACUUUUUUUCCCCAAGGACUAAACUUAGGAUAAAGUGGGUGGGUAAAAAAAUAAAAUAUGGAAAGAUUUGCGGUAUGUAUGCUCUGACCGCUUUCUCUAGGAGAUGCUC